ACCGCUUUAUGUGCAUCUUUGAAAUGAUCUCAACAGUCUUGUCUAGAUGAACAAGAGUUGUGACGUGUGUGAUAUAAGGGGGUAUAGUCCGCUUGUGACAAUUUGUGACCAGGGAUGGCAGUGAGAGGGGCCUAAGCCGUGACGGUACGACUGCUGCUCUCACCUCCUACACCCAUCUGAUCUCCUUUGCAAGCAAACCACCAUCUCCUCCAGCACCCUCAGCACCCUUAGAACAUUGAUAGACAUCACCAUCGUCCCACAUACAACCCAUGGAGUCUGACGCGUCCAGUUCGGGAGGUUGGAGGUUUGCACAAUGUUUCGGCGACAAAGGUGACGUUGAGGAUAUCACAGAGGCCGACAUUAUCUCCACUGUCGAGUUUGACUCCACGGGUAACUACUUGGCAACUGGCGACAAGGGCGGUCGUGUAGUCCUAUUCGAGCGAAAUGAAAUGAAAAAGGGCUGCGAAUACAAAUUCUACACCGAGUUCCAGUCGCACGAACCAGAGUUCGACUAUCUUAAGUCCUUGGAGAUUGAGGAGAAGAUCAACAAGAUCAAGUGGUGCAGACGGCAAAAUGCCGCACACUUCCUCUUGUCUACCAAUGACAAGACCAUCAAGCUAUGGAAGGUAUUCGAAAAGUCUUUGCGAGUAGUAUCUGAAUCCAAUCUUCACGAUGGUCAACGACCAUUACCCCCCCCUACACAUCCCCAACACUUACGAUUGCCGCGCAUGGCCCAACAGGACAACAUCAUUGCUGCCGUUCCCCGCAAGGUCUACUCGAAUGCACACGCUUACCACAUACACUCGAUCUCCGUCAACUCCGACCAGGAAACAUUCAUAUCAGCCGAUGACUUACGGAUCAACCUGUGGAACUUGAAUAUUAGUGAUCAGAGUUUCAACAUCGUGGAUAUCAAGCCAGCAAACAUGGAAGAACUCACAGAGGUCAUUACGGCGGCCGAGUUCCACCCGACGCAAUGCAAUCUUUUCAUGUACUCUAGCUCAAAAAGUAACAUCAAACUCGCGGAUAUGCGUGAGGCGGCUCUCUGCGAUCGACACGCAAAGUGCUUCGAGGAGGAGGAAGAUCCUACAAACCGAUCAUUCUUCUCAGAGAUCAUCUCGUCCAUUUCAGACGUGAAGUUCAGUCAUGAUGGACGAUAUAUUCUCUCGCGGGACUAUCUUUCAUUGAAGAUCUGGGAUAUCAAUAUGGAGAACAAGCCGUUGAAGACAAUCCCUAUACACGAUCACCUCCGAGGGAAGCUUUGCGAUCUGUACGAGAACGAUUGUAUAUUCGACAAAUUCGAGUGUACAUGGAGCGGUGACGACAAGCAUGUUCUCACUGGAUCGUACCACAACUACUUCCGGAUAUUUGACGUCGAAACCUUGAAUGACGUUGUGCUUCAAGCAGACAAGUCGGCGUUCAAAGCGAAGAAGAUUGGCGGACCUUUGCCUGGGAACAAGCUUGGUGCAAAGAAUGGCAUAAGGCCGGGUGGCUUGCGUGAGAACAUGGCGCUGGAUACUCUUGACUUCAACAAGAAGAUCCUUCACGCAAGCUGGCACCCGAGAGAGAAUACUAUUGCGAUCGCGGCGACGAACAACCUCUUCCUGUAUAGCGCAGCAUGAACACAGAUAUUCUCUCCUAAUGCCAUCAUGCAUCCGUCAUUCCAUCCGCAUAUCUAUCCGCAUCUGUAUCGCUUGUCCCUCAUUCUACCACCUCAGUCCUCCUGUCCACCCUCCGGCAGCGCAGACAGGGAAGUACCGACCGAACUCCUCGAGAUACCAUACCCGCCACGACCUAUCUCCAAGAAAUGCACGAAUGAACGAACGCACGCAACGCAACGAACAGGCCAUCUUUUCCCCCCCAAUGUCAUCCUUUACGCUCCCUGUUAGACGCUCGCUCUUUGCUCACGUUCACACGUUUGUUUCACGGAUUCAUCUCGUCGCACACGCUCUGUUCAAGUGUCUUUCAUCACUUUUUGCCUACUUAUUUUCCUUCGUGUCUCUCUCUCCGUCGAUCAUCUCAGUUCAUAACCCGGACCUUAGGUUGUCGUACAUCCCUCUCCCUCCCCGUCUUCCCUCACCCUCAUACAUAUACAUCACGCCGUUUCAAUUUUUUUCUCGUUUUUCUUCUUUGUCCGUUGACUCUUUUUUCCCAAGUGUUGUUGGGCUGUGUAACGUAUAACUCACCGUCGCUCGUUCUUUCGUUGAUGACUGCAUUUAGGAGAAGAAAUAGUGUAAUAAAGAGAAGCAGAAUGAAUAGGAAGUUUGAAUCC